GGAGCAGAAGGUGAAGGGUUUAAUGCGAGGCAACUGCAGCGGAGGCAGCUGCUUGUGAUCUCUCGUGUGCAGCACUAAAGCUUCCAAUAUUGCUGAAUUCAAGGACCGGCGAGCUCUGCCGCCGGGUUUGCAAUUGCCCCCAAUGGAGGAGAUGGAGGAAGAGCUGAAAUGCCCGGUGUGCGGUGCUUUUUUCCGAGAGCCCAUCAUUUUGCCCUGCUCCCACAACCUGUGCCUGGCUUGCGCUCGCAACAUCCUGGUCCAGACGCCCGAAGCCGAGUCUCCUCAGAGCCGUGCCUCGGGUUCCGACUAUGACUACCUGGACCUGGACAAGAUGAGCCUGUACAGCGAGGCCGACAGCGGCUACGGCUCUUACGCCGGCUUCGCUAGCGCGCCCACCACCCCCUGUCAGAGGUCCCCGAACGGCGUGAGGGUCUUCCCGCCGUCGCCGGCCGUGCCUCCCCGCAACUCGUGCAUCACCUGCCCGCAGUGCCACCGCAGCCUGAUCCUGGACGAGCGGGGCCUCCGCGGCUUUCCCAAGAACCGAGUCCUCGAAGGCAUCAUUGACCGCUACCAGCAGGGAAGGGCCGUGGCCCUCAAGUGUCAGCUGUGCGAGAAGGCGCCAAAGGAAGCCACCGUCAUGUGCGAGCAGUGCGACGUCUUCUACUGCGAGGCUUGUCGCCUGAGGUGCCAUCCUCCCCGGGGGCCGCUGGUCAAGCACCGCCUGGUGCCGCCGGCCCAGGGCCGGAUCUGCAGGAGGCUGAGCCCGCGCAAGAUCUCCACCUGCACCGACCAUGAGCUGGAGAACCACAGCAUGUACUGUGUCAACUGCAAGGCGCCCGUCUGUUACCAGUGCCUGGAAGAAGGCAAGCAUGACAGCCAUGAGGUGAAGGCGCUCGGGGCCAUGUGGAAACUCCAUAAGAAUCAGCUCUCUCAAGCAUUGAAUGGAUUGUCAGAGAAGGCAAAGGAGGCCAAAGAAUUCUUAGCACUGCUGAGGAGCAUGGUGCAGCAAAUCCAGGAAAACAGUGUCGAGUUUGAAGCUUGUCUUGUUGCUCAGUGUGAUGCUCUCAUUGAAGCUCUGAACAGAAGGAAGGGACAGUUGCUGUCACGAGUAACCAAAGAACACGAACACAAACUUAAGGUGGUCAGAGAUCAAAUCAGCCAUUGUACAGUCAAACUGCGCCAAACAACUGGCCUGAUGGAAUACUGUCUGGAAGUAAUUAAAGAGAAUGACCCCAGUGGCUUUUUACAGAUUUCAGAUGCUUUAAUAAGGCGUGUACUCCUUAUUGAUGAACAAUGGGGAAAAGGCAUACUCCAACCCCGCCUGAAUACUGACUUUGACUUAACCCUGGACAAUGCACCACUCUUGCAAUCUAUCUUACAGCUGGAUUUUGUGCAGAUGAAAGUUCCCUCUCCAGUGCCAUCAGCCCCAAUCCUGCAGUUGGAGGAAUGUUGUACUCGCAACAACAGUGCCACAUUGUCCUGGAAACAGCCGCCACUUUCAUUAGUUCAAGUAGAGGGCUACAUUCUAGAACUGGAUGACGGAAACGGUGGCCAAUUUAGAGAGGUCUAUGUAGGAAAAGAAACAAUGUGCACUGUUGAUGGCCUACAUUUCAACAGCACAUAUAGCUCCCGAGUGAAAGCUUUCAACAAGGCAGGAGUUGGUCCAUACAGCAAGACACUUGUACUACAGACUUCAGAGGAUAUCAGCUGUCCAUACAAUCAGUUUGCCUGGUUUACUUUUGAUUCGGGUUCAGCUCACCCUGACAUUCUGUUCUCUAAUGACAACCUCACUGUUACCUGCAACAGCUAUGAUGACAGGGUAGUACUAGGAAACACCGGAUUUUCCAGAGGUAUCCAUUAUUGGGAGCUGAAUAUUGAUCGCUACGACAACCAUCCUGACCCUGCUUUUGGUGUGGCUCGUUUAGAUGUCUUGAAAGAUGUCAUGUUAGGAAAGGAUGAUAAGGCCUGGGCAAUGUAUGUUGAUAAUAACCGAAGCUGGUUUAUGCAUAACAACUCUCACACUAACAGAACUGAGGGAGGCAUUGCCAAAGGAGUCACAGUUGGAGUGCUGCUGGACUUCAACAGACGAACACUUACCUUUUCCAUUAAUGAUGAGCAACAGGGACCAGUUGCCUUUGAAGGUUUGGAAGGCCUCUUCUUCCCAGCAGUAAGCCUGAAUAGAAAUGUCCAGGUAACACUCCACACUGGUUUGAAAAUUCCUCACCCUGGUGCUGCUGCAACCACUGCUGCAGCAAGAGACCCAUGAACAUCUUAAUUCUGGUCAUUAUGCAAAAACUUGCUUGGGAUCCAAGUGACAGGAAUCCUGUAGACUGCUAAUUUCUUACAGGAUUCAACAUCUCUUGAUACAAGUUUGUUAUUGGUGCUUAAUGACUAGAGGAAAACCAAAAAUAGUUAAGUACAUUACAGUUGUGACGUACAUGAUUGUUAUCAGAACAUGUGGUUACUUUGAUGCUUUGUGCUAACUUGUAAAAGCAUUGAUGAAGCUUAAAGUAAUUUAAUGUCAAGUAUUUUUAAUGAUAUUUCUUGUGCUGCUUUAAUUGCUGUGCACAGUUUUAGCUACUGUUACUAAUUAGAAAGAGAAAGAACAAUGCAGUGCAGUGUAAUUGUGGAAAGUGCUAUAUUUGCGAGCAAUUACAUUGCGAGGUAUUCACAGUUGCUAUUAACCUCCAGGAUUUAUCCUGCCCUGUUGCCUUUGAAUCUUUAUUUAACAUCAUUCCAAAACUGUUGUUUGAAUUAUCAACAGGCAAUCUGUCUACUGCCAUUCAAAGUCCUGCUCAGAUUGCAAUGUUAAGUGCUUCAGGUGCCCAAUUAUCAGGAAAUUCUCAUACAUUUUACUCUAGAUUACAGAUAUUGAGCACUGACUUUUAAAAAUAGUCUAGUAUAUUGCAACAUUAAACCUGAUGGGAUCAUUAUUUCAAUAUAUCUGUAUAUACAGCUUCUGGAAUAUUGAACCAAGAAUAAACAUGUUUCUCUAAUAAAUUAGAUGGAACACAAUUUGUAAAAAGGAUUCACACUUGAUUAUUACAAGUAUGCAGAUUAAAUUUUAGCAUACACUUCCUAAAGUAAAAGGGAGCUUAGAUAAUAUUAUUUGGGUAGCAGAUGAAUGCAAAUCAGAAUUGGUUUAACCUGUGCUUAAGAUGUUUUUUGGAAGAAGAAUUCUUUAAAAAUCUUUUAAAUGUUAUAGACUAAAGUGCUUUGCCAAGUAGGUCGAACUUGUGUAGUUUUUCUCCCAUAACUUCUAAAACUUGUUUAAUUUUUUUAUUCUUCCAUUGCUUUGUAGCCUGAAUAUGGUUUUUAGCUAGUGAAUGAGUUUAACAAAAUAAUGUCCACUACAAAGUGGAUACAUUUAUUAUUAGCAUGGAAGAAUAUAUGCAUGAUCAUAGAAUCAUGUCACACUGUCUGUCUUUACAUGCCCGGGCUAGCUCUGAAAGCGAUCCAAUUAUCUCAAUCCUCUGUUCUUUUCCCACACUUCUGCAAUGUUUUUUAUUUCCAAGUAUGCGUGCAUGUGUAUAUAUUAUAUUUAUAUAAAAUGUCCUCCCUUUAGAAAUCACUACUACUUUUGCUUUGAACAUGCUGUCAGGCAAUGCAACCUUCCCUCAUCCUUUCUUAAUAAUUAUUUUAAACAUGUUCUUUGAUUACAGACUAUCCUGUCAGUGAAAACCAUUUAUCCCUUUCAAUUAUAUCAAAAACUCUCAGUUUUGAAAAUCAUUUCCACUUUGUGUUUUAAAGGAGAACAUUUCUAGUUUCCUACCAUCUCAACAUUAUUGAAGUCCCAUACUAUUCCAUUCUUUGUACCUUUUUUGCCACUUCCAAGGCCACCUUCUCAAAUGCCACAGCUGAGGCCUAAAAAGUGGUUUAUUAGACUGUAGCUUUUAUUAUUCUGUGCCUCUGUCUGUAAAACCAAGGAUACUGCUUGUUUUAGCAUUUUUAUCAGCUUAUCCUGCUGCCUUCAAAGAUCUGUAUGUAUGAACAGCCAAGGCUCAUUGUUACUGGACUGUGUUUAAAAUUGUGAGAGUUUAUUUUGCCUCUUAUUCUGCUUCCAAAGAUAAUUGUUUUCCACGACUCUGUACUAAAUUUCCCCAUUCAGAAACCUACUUUCUUCCUUUCUUAAGUUCUCUCAGCUUUGUUACCCAAUGGUUUUCAUUCCUUUUAUGGAAGUUGUUUCUCACUUGAAUUUUCUACCAUUUAAAACUAUCUAAGUAUGUAUACAUUAACCAUUUAAAAGUGCAUGCCAGAAAUGCAUCCCUUAUUUGAUAGUGCUAUAAAGGAGCACAUAGCCACCAUUCCACUUCCAAAGUUCGGUUCCAAUUUCAGAGACAGAGGAGAAUGCAUAGUCUUUGGUUCCACUGGAACGAAGUUGACUAAAUUAUACAAACGCUAAUGCUAUCACAUAAUGUUUUAACCAUUACUAACCACAGAUGAAUUUCUAGGCAUAUUUUUCUAAGGCAAUUGGUUUAGAUGUGGAUCAGAUGCCUCUUAUAUGUUAACUAAUACGAUAAUAAAAUCAAAGUUAUUACUGUGCAGAGGUUAUAAUAUAAACCUUUGGUUAUACUUCUGUCAAAUGGGAUUUUCAGUACUUGAUAUUCACUACUGGAAUUGUUCAAAUCAUUCAUUAGAAUACUUGCCAUUUCUGAUCACUCCUGCACCCUCUUGUACAUAAAUUGAAUGUUUUUAUCCAAAUAAUUUAAAUCUCAGGUUCAGGUGAUAUCAAGCUUCAGCAUGGUCAUUCUCCUAGUUAACUUGACUGUAUGAAAACUUCCUUUUAGCUCCAGUGGAAUAGAACUUUGGAAGCUGACUAACUUGUUCAGCUGCUCUUGCGCCCACAUUGUGCAUUUAGUACAACAAAGCACUGAAAUUUAAAUAUUCGAAGUGCCGGCUGAUCUCCACUGCAACUUGUUUUCAUUUAAAAAAAACAUUGUUUGACAACUCAUCUGCUCAGGAAAAUACAAAUUCUUAAUAUUAUUAAGUAGCUCAAAGAUAGAUAUGAAAACUUAUUGGUAAUUCAAACAACCAGGCAUAAUUUUAAAAGGACAAUGCAACACUGUGUUUAACCUUCAGAACCUUAAUUUUGAAUCUAAAUCAGAAGUCUUGUAUUGAAGUGCUGAUAACAUAUGCAUGCCGCAUGUUAGAAUUUUAAACAGCUAAUUAACUAUUUUGAAGGAUUUCUAGACCAUCAAGACAAAGGUGUAAUAAGUUUAGUUGCUAAAAUCCUUUUUGUGCCAAUCUUGUAGAACAGGAAUUUAGAUGAAGGGGUUGUAGCAUCAUAUGUUUAAAAACCACGGAUAAUUAAAGGAAAAAGAAAACAUUGAUCUGAUUUGAAUGUAACAUUUGUUCAUCCUUAAUACAUUAGGUCAUAAUUUGAUAAUUUAUCGUCCCGGUACAUUUUUACUGGUUCAUCUAAGUUCAUCAUUAUAAUUCAUUAAUACUGUUGCUGAGCAACAACAGUCUGUAUUUUGGCAAUUUGGCUGGACCACAGAUUUCUCAUUUUUCAGUGUUGAUAUUGGUGGCUAACAUGGUGCUUAUCAAGCUUACUAGAUUUGUAGUAUAUUGUAAUAUGAGCCCAUGACUGCACAGCAAGUUGAUUAUAUUGUUUACUGUUAUGGAUAAUGAUGAAAUUGUUCCUGUUUGCUGUUCCAAUAAACUUUUAUAAGUUAUAA